AAGGGCCUGGCGGCUAACCGGGGCCAAUCAAGACGAAAACAUAAAUAAAAAUAGCCCUGAAGAGCACCUGCAGCUCUCCAGCUGGCGCUUAUGCUGCCCGCCGUUGCCUCCGCUUUCCCCUUCUCAACUCCCAGGGAACAGAGGGAAAGGUUAAGGAAAUAUCAUACCCAGCAAAAAGAAUACGCCAUCCCCCGAGCAGCACGAGCCGUAUUCGCCGAGUCUGGAGCCUUUAUCAGAGGGCGAGAUGGACUUCGAAGACAAUGGCCUCCACAUUAACG